AUGUCAACCAACGUGUAUUAUAAAAAAAUGAAUAGGAUGAUACGGGAAAACGAGAGGAGGUUGCUUAUAGAUUUGGACGACGUACGUAAGUACAAUAUUUAUAAUUCAAAACAAUUAUUAACAAAUUUUAUGCAAGAAGAAGUAUCAUUAAAGCUUGCCAUUAAAGAAUGCGUCAAAAACAUAGACGCAACUUAUGCUAAUAAAUAUAAUGAAUUUUUUGUCGGCUUCUAUGGCGCAUUUGGUGCAAAUCAUGUCACCCCUAGGACGUUAAACUGCAAGUUUUUAGGCCGGUUGGUAUGUUUAGAAGGUUUUGUAACUUUGAGGUCUGAAAUGAAAUCAGUAUUAGUAAAAAGUGUACAUUACUGUCCAACAACUAAAAAAAUGCACGAACAUAUAUAUACUGACCCUCUAUCAAACUCAAAUAGUUUUGAUUCUGCUUCAUCAGAAUUCACAUACCCGAUAAACGAUAAUGAGGGCAACCGCUUGGAGACGGAGUUUGGGCUUUCCGUGUUUAAAGAUCGCCAGACUUUAGUGAUUCAAGAAUCCACGGAAAAAAGCCCACCCGGGCAAUUUGCCCGGACUGUUGAAGUGAUUGUAGAGCAUGAUUUGGUGGAUGUUUGUAGACCGGGGUACAAGAUAAUGAUUAUUGGAAAUUAUCGUCCUUUUCUUCCACCUAGUGGCAGUAUAUUUUUUAAAACAUUGAUUAUUGCAAAUACCAUAAUUAUGAAAAAUGCAAAUUUUACUGUCGAACGGUCCGACAUUACAAAGUGUAGGAACCUAUUAAACAUAGAAAAAAAUAAUAUUUUUGAUUUAUUGGUAAACUCAGUAGCCCCCUCCAUCCAUGGAAAUAUCCAAAUAAAAAGAGCUAUACUAUGUUUAUUGUUGGGUGGAGUAGAAACUACUCUACCCAACAACUCCCGGAUACGUGGAGAUAUCCACGUUUUAUUAAUUGGAGAUCCAAGUAUUGCAAAAUCACAAUUCUUGAGAUGGGUGUUGAAUGCUGCUCCCUACGCUGUAUCCACUACAGGAAGAGGAUCGACAGGAGUUGGACUAACUUUUUUUUUAUUAUUAUUCACCUAUACCAAAUCAUAA